AUGGCGCGUCUACGUAGUGCUCCUUCGGCUGCACCAUCGCCUUCGGCCGCUCAGAACAAACGCCAGGCACUGCGAGAGAAAACGAACACGACGCGUAGCGCAAAGACGGCACCAGCACCGGUAUACGAGGACGAUGGCAAUACAGAUGGACUGGUCAAAGACGCGAAGACUCGACGUGGACGAUCAAAGAAGAGCUCACAGGCUCCCGAAGAAUUGGUCAUGACAGGCGGACUUGGACUGCAGACAUCUGAUCCGCCGGCUGUCAGUACAGACGAGCUCGCGAAGAGCGAUGCGUCCGUACCGCCUACGGUCAAGCCAAAUAGACGGCCGCCAAGGAUGACACGGAAGCCGAUCCAAAACGAAGCACAGAGUAAGGUGCUCGAAGGAUUGAAAAAGCGGAUGCAGCAUCAAGCACGAAAAGAGACUGGCGAGGACACGAUUGUGUUGGCUGCUACAAAACUGAACUCGAUCGAUGCCGCGCCAUCGUCUGACUUCCUCUCUGCGGCUCCAGGACUGGCGCGACAGAGUAUUCGACUGGCACGUGAUCUGUCCGAGUACGACAUGCCUACCUCUCCGCCACCAGCAGGCAAAUCGAGCUCUGCCAAGCGUAAGCGUUCGUCCGUCGCUGCGCCUCCGACAUCUGUCCUGCGACCCCAGCCUACACCUGCCAUGGACACUAGCGUACUCAAGAAUUUCAGGCGCCGGCCCAGGCAGCCGAGUAUGCUGGCCAUGGUACAACAGCGAGCUGCUGGUGCGCGACCCUCGAAUGUGAAUGCGACUACGAUCAUGACUGCAGAGGAUGCCAGCGUAUAUGACUUCGAUAUCGGGACCGACGACGAUGAGGAAGCCUUUGCGCCAAAUGCAGAAGGCACGCCAAUGCGACUUGGUAAGCAAAAGAGGAAGUCUGCAAGUAGUAGUGCUGUAAAGAAGGAUGCCACGAAGCCUGCCUCGCGAUCGAGAGCUGCAAUCAAUAAGCGCAAAUCGGGCGAGGCGGAUCUAUCUACAGGAUCUCUGAGUACAUUACGAGCGAAGCGCCAACGUCCUGAAACGUUUGCUCCCGAACACGACGAUGUUGCUGCUGAUGAGGAGCAUGAUCUGGCCUUCGUAAACCAUCCAGCAGCUUCUGCUACGCGGCGCUCGACCACAGCUUCUGCUCGCGGGCCUACACCACCCGCGCUGGAAACCACAGACGAUGUCCAGAUUAUCAAUCCUUCCCAGUCUUCGCCACCACCUUCAGUUGGGCUACCAGACGACGAAGGACGUAGAGACUCAUUGGAUGACUAUGUGGUACCUUCGACCGAAGAGCAGCACCAGGUCGAGCCCGAAGAUGAGCAAGUAGGAGAGGAGCUUCACGACAACCCCCUAGCUGAUGUACCGAAUGGGACCAUGGCAGAACCUGCUAGCAGCAGUCCUGGCCCAAACCCUGUUUCCGGCACACAGCAGCGUCUUCGAGAGGAGCUAGCCGAUCCGGUCACACAGCUCUCACCACAGCCUGAACGACGAAAGAAGCCAGAGAAGGUCAAGCAGAUGUCGACAGCUGCGCUGCAAUCACUGCUUCCGAAGCGAAGACAGCCUGCAAAACCUCGACACCGAAAGUCAGAGUACGACUUCACGUCCGACUCUGAGAAUGAGGGCGGGGUGGAGGAAGUCGCGGUAAUCGAUCAUGACAGCGAGCCGAAUGGCAGGCGGCGAAGACAAACAAAAAUCACACCAGCUAAAGGUAGACGAAAAACUGCCACCGCUCACACAAAAUCAGCCAAAACUGGCAAAGCAGGUAAAGCUCCGGCCACACGCGCUCGAAAAUUCACAGCCGCAUCUGCAACGGACAAGCAGCCGGUCAAGACAUAUGGGCGCAGGACUACAGCAGCCACGACCUCAGACAAGGAGAACAACGAUGGCUUCGAAGAUCUAGACGAUGCAGACACCACCACUAACCUGCCAGAGCAGAGUAUGUACGAAGCCACGAAAUCGAAUGAGCUCGAAGAGGCGAGGAGGAAGUUCGCAGAGGUCGAUGAAUGGGAUAUGGAGUUUGAAAGUCUGGGGGAUGAGGAGCAUAGAAGUUCUAGUCAGGGGUGGCGGUAG